AUGAAGAUUCGAACAUUGUUCAUUGUUUUUAGUGUUUUAAUUAGUCUAAGGUUAGAUGUCUUCCGGUUAGAUUUUAAGUUUUCCGGUUGCAUUUUUAAAGUCUUCCUUUUAAGUUUUCCGGUUAACUAUAGUAUUAAAGUUUUCCGGCUAUAUUUUUUCCGGACAGCUUUUACAUAGUUACAAUUUAAGUUUUCCGGGUAUAUUGAUGUUUUUGAGUAUUUUCCGGUUUUAUAUUAUAAUUAUUUGUUUUAAGGAGUGUUUAUGUUUUAGUGUUGGCAUCGUUUUUUUAUUUUUAAUGUUAACAUGUUUUUAUGAUUUAAAAUGUUUAACAAACAUUUAGAAUAAAUUUAUAAAAAAAUUAUUGCCAUUAUCUUAAAAUACAUAAAUAGCGACAAGAAAUAACCAAGCUCCUCCGGUUGGUUACUCGCAGCAAAAGUGAAAGAAAUAAAGCAAAGGAGAGGAAACCCUGUGAGGCUCGUCGUCUAUUACUUUUGCAUCGGGCCAAAAAUUGAGCGUUUUGGGGAGGCAAUGAGAAAAUGUAUGAGAAAAGGGAAUAAGUAACGAAUUGACGAAAUAUAUUUUUAUUUGAGAGGGGGAACAACACUA